UGACUUGUUGUUGAAUGGGUCAAAUAAGAACAAUGGCAAAGCAAACUCACCUCGCAGUGAAGAUAGGCAUAAUCCCACUUGGGAGCCUUUUUAAAUCGAUGAUGGAGAUCGAGUUGCUGCAAGAAUUUUUUAAUAGGUCCUAAUUCAUGAGCUGGUAAAUUGAGGAUCUUGACUCGAUGAAUAUAGCUUUCCGAUGUUGUAGAGGCCAUUCUUAUAAAACAUGCAACUGGUUCUAACAUCUGCAAACUACAAAUAGACCUAAACAUGGAACAAAGCUGAAAAGAAACAACAAGAAAAAUUGUUUUUUUCUCUGUCUUUUUUUUUUGUUCCAAUGCACAAACGUAAACUCGAUCUUGAACCGAUCCAGACCAAGAAGCCAAAAAAUGAUUCUUUUAUCGUAUCAGAACCUUGGAAAGCAGCAUUUUCAGAUGCUCGGAAAGCCUUUAGUGAAAAUAACUUUAAAGAAUCCGUCGCUUUAUUCACGCGUGCCUUGACACUCAAACCAGGACAUACAACUAUUCUUGACUGUCGUGCUGCUUCUCAUGAGAAAUUAAACCAGAUUGAUCUUGCACUGCGUGAUGCAUCCAGUAUUAUCAGCAUUGCACCUACUGAAUCCAGAGGUUAUUUGCGUGCUGGUAAAUUACUGAUGCUUCAAAAGAAAUAUAAGCAGGCAGUCAAUGUCUAUCAACGAGCACUUGUCAAAGUGGAUCCUCAUGACAGUCGCUAUGCUCAAAUCAAACAAAUGAAACAAACAGCUGAAAAAAGGGCAACUCCUUCUUCUUACCUUGAUUUUAUGCAGGUAUUGCCUUAUGAUGUGGUCUCUUUGAUCUUUGCCCACUUGUCGUUUGAUCGCCGUGUUCAAUGUACAGGCGUAUCCAAAGCAUGGAGACAAUUUGCCUUGAAUUGGUCUGGUAUGUGGCGAGAUUUGGACUUUGGUCACCGAAAAGUACCUGUGACAACCAUCAAAAAAUACCUUGGCUAUGCUACAGGGAGACAUAUUAGGCGAUUUGCUAUGAUGGAUGCAGAUAAAAACAGAAUGAGAAAGUGUCUUCAAGCAUUGAUUGAUGCCGACUGUCAAUACUUGACUCAUUUGGAUUUUGUACGCUGUAAUAUACCUUUGGAUGUAUUCUUGAGAAUGCUGAGAUUAACAGGCAAACAUGUCACAACGAUGCGGCUGGAUGAAUCAAGUCUAAGUGUAGCACAAAUUCUUCAGCUCGUCAUACCUGCGAUGCCUCAAUUGGCACAGCUAUCCAUUAUUGGACUCGAAACAGGCGAUAUACGACAAGACAGUAUGGAUCUCAACUUGACUCACCUUCGUCUCUGUAUUCAUGACACAGACACAACAUCAUGGCUCAUAAAGCAAUGCAAGAAGCUGACAUUGCUUGAUUUUUAUACAAACACUGUAUCUUUUGCAGACUUUACACACUCAUUAGCCCGCACAGAUAUUCCUGAAUUAAGCGAAUUCCAUUUCACUUUUGGACCAGUGUAUCAAGUAAAGACACAGUGGGCAUCUCUCAAGACAUCAUCUUUAGCUAAGGGACUGCAUACAUUUGGCAUGUAUGGCGAUCCUUCGUUUACGAGUUCGCUGCUUGAAUUUAUGGUUCAGAAAUAUCAUACCACAUUAAAGCAUCUGGUGAUUGCAGAUUGCCGAAUGCUUGAUAGCCGAUUGGCUCAGUUAGUCGUGUCUCCUGGGCUGCCACAGAUUCAAACACUCAAGAUAAAUACCUAUAUUGCUUUAGAAGAAUGGGAUGUACAUACCAUCAUCAGUUCAUGCCCAACCCUUGAAGAUAUCUCCAUGUCUUGGAUAACAGGAGUCACAGAUAGUGUGAUGAGUGACUUGCAGACAGUGACCAAGAAACUAAAAAGACUCGAUAUUUCCAAUUGUAACAGUGUUACUGGUGUAGGCCUACAGAAAGUAGUCAAGGCGCACAGGUCUACGUUAGAAAGACUAGUGCUCAAUAACUGCCAAAGGAUUAGCCCUGAUGCUGUAACAUGGGCAGUAAAUACACUUGGAAAGCGUGUUGUUGAAUGCAAAUAUAAAAACAUGUGAUUCGGGAACUGAUUUUUCCCGUUUUAUACCGAACACUGUUCAAAAAAUAUAUAUAAAGAAAAGAAAAAGAAGAGGAAGUGUAUAUAUAGAGUUGUCAUAUUUAUCUUAUGAGGUACAAAUAACUCAAUAAAAAAAAAAAAGAAAGAGACAACGAAUGGC